ACUCUGCCUUUGAGAAGUAAACAAAAUAACUUUUCAAAUGACUUAAACCUUGAGUUGUCUCUUGAAAAUCCGGAGGACUGAGACUAAAACAAUGCUGUUCAUCGUGGUAAUAACGUUGUUGUUAAAUGGAUGUAACUGUUUCCUUUUGGCCGAUCAGACACCGAGAAAUGUCACACAACAGCUAACGGUGACCAAUGGUGGCGACUCUGGCACGUGGGGGGUCAAACAGUUCUGCCCAUCCCGACAAUUUGCUGUUGGAUACGACAUUAAAGUUGAGACGUAUCAGUUCACAGGAGACGACACUUCUUUGAACGCCAUUAAACUAAUAUGCUCGGAUGCCAAUGGCGCCAGUUUUGCGAAGCAAACCAUCACUUCAAGUGUUGGACCGUGGGGCGACUGGAAGGGCCAAGUCACGUGCAACCAGAGGCCGGAAGUUGUAAUGUUCCUCAAAGCGUUUAGUCUACAAGUCGAAAGCCCACAAGGUAACGGGGACGACACAGCUGUUAACUGGGCAAAGUUUGAUUGUCGGGACAUGCAAGAUUCUACACCAAUGGAGGAGCUAAACAAGGAUCCCGGACAUGGGUCGUUCGGAACAUUCGGGGCGUGGUCUGAGUCCUGCAGGCCUGGUUCCGCUAUUUGUGGAAUGAUGACGCGUGUUGAGCCAGUUCUGACGAACACUGGUGACGACACGGCGCUCAAUGACGUCAUCUUCUACUGUUGCCAGGAGCAAGAUCCGGAAAUUUUAGGCUGAUCUAUGACCUUGCUUUACACAAUAUGAAAUUUUGUAAUAAAGAUUGCGAUAUA